AUGCCUGAAGAGCAUGAAGAUGAGAGUGUAAACAUUUGCGAGAAUCCUGACUGUAACAACCCAGCAAGUCGUAGGUGUCCAACAUGUGUAAAGCUCGGGAUUAAGCCUGCUUUUUUUUGUUCACAGGACUGUUUUAAAAAAUGUUGGGCGACGCAUAAGUCUGUGCAUAAAGUUCAAGAGGAAAUAACAUCUUUGUUUAAUCCGUGGCCAAAUUAUAAAUUUACUGGUUCACUGAGGCCAGCUACCUUGAGUAAGCCAAGAACAGUCCCAGAAUCAAUACCGCGGCCUGAUUAUGCGUUGGACUCAGAUGGGAUUUCAUAUGAGGAGAAAAGUAUUUUAAAUGACGAAGAGAUAGAAGGUUUAAAAGUAGCCUGCAGAUUAGGCCGAGAAGUUCUGGAUGAGGCAGCUAAAGUAUGUGCUCCUGGCAUUACAACAGACGAGAUUGAUAGGAUCGUGCAUGAAGCAUGUGUGGAACGUGAAUGUUACCCUUCUCCGUUAGGAUACUACAAUUUUCCAAAAAGUGUGUGUACAUCUGUGAAUGAAGUAAUCUGUCAUGGUAUUCCUGACAUGCGGCCUUUAGAAGAUGGAGAUAUAUGCAACGUUGAUGUGACAGUGUAUCACAGGGGAUUUCACGGAGAUCUUAACGAAACUUUCCUUGUUGGAACAAAGGUUGAUGAAAAAUCACGAAAGCUUGUAACAGUUGCUUAUGAAUGUUUACAAGAAGCCAUGAAACUGAUCAGACCGGGGACAAAGUUUCGCGAUCUUGGUAACGCAAUACAGAAGCACGCAAAUGCGCAUGGAUUUUCAGUCGUGAGAUCUUAUUGUGGCCACGGCAUUCAUCGGCUUUUUCAUACGGCUCCAAAUGUUCCACAUUAUGCUAAGAACAAGUCCUAUGGUGUCAUGAAAGCUGGAAACGCUUUUACCGUUGAGCCCAUGAUUAACGCAGGUACAUUCAGCGAUGUGACGUGGCCGGAUAAAUGGACAGCUGUUACGACUGAUGGCGAGAGGUCUGCACAGUUUGAACACACAUUUUUGGUGACUGAGAACGGAUGCGAAGUACUCACUCAGAGGAGUACAGGAAGGCCGUGGUUUUUUGAUCAGUUGGAAGAAAGUUAUAAGUAA